ACCGAGUCACUGAAAAGUCAGAUGGAGGAGCUUGAAAAAGAGAUUCGGACUCUAGAGAGUAAGACCCACCAUACUGAAGCAACUUUAAAGGACCUUCAUCAAUUGCAGCGAGAGAUAGCCACCAAAACUGCUGAAAGGAAAACAUUGUUCAAGGAACAGGAAAAACAGUAUGCAGCACUUGCAGAGGAGAAUGAAGACACUGAUGAAGAGCUGAGUGAAUGGAAAACAAAGUUUGAUGAAAGGAUAGCGCUUCUGGAAUCGAAAAUUAGCAAGUUGGAGAGGGAAAUGAAUGACUCAGAGACAAAGAGUUCCCUUCUUAAGCAGUCCAUGACAGACUAUAUCGUGGAGAUCAGCAAGCUUCAAGCUGAGGCUGAAGCUCUUGCGGUGUUAAAGAAUGAAAGAGACGUCACUAUCAGGAAGCUUUUUGGCAGACAUAACUUAGGUGCUGUUCCAAGUGGGCCGCUCAGUGAUGAUGUCGCAUUGAAUUUAAUGAAUCAUAUAAACCUACGAUUAGCACAUCUUGAUAAGGAUUUACAAGAUAAAAAGGUGGUUCUUUCACUGUACCAGCCUAUAUACAUAUAUUUAGACAUGCCAUGUUGUUUUAACUUGUCAGUUAAAGAUUUAUUUUACUUUGAUUCAGCUAUGUUGCGAGGCUUGAAUCCCCUUCUCUUUUUGUUUCAUUUCUGUUAUUCAUGUUUCCCAAUGGUCAGUCAGGCUAGGAGCUUCUCCUACAGAUAGAAAGGUGUUCGAAAACACCAGCAAUUUCCUCUUCAGUCAUCUAGUUCUGUUUUUUUUCUAUUAUAACUGUCUGUCCUUAGAAACCUUGGACUUUCUAGGAGGGGAUUUUCUUUCUUUUGUGUUUUCUCUAAUGUUUGGGAUCCCUGGGGGGUCAGCCACUCAGCCUAGCGCUUACCCCUCCCAUAGUCUUGGGAUUUCAAUUUUGUGAUUAAUUAAGCUUAUAUUUGAUUUUCUUAAUUAUGGUAGCACUUAUUUCUUCAUUCAAGUGACCCUGGAUUCAGUGUCUUUAUUAAAAUUUCACUGUUCGCAUAUAGCUUUUUUUAACAGGAUAUUAUGAUUAACACGAAAUGGUUUCUGAUAUGCUUAAGGCAUCCCUUUGCUGGCCUAAUAAUAUAACAACUCCACCACAUAACCCCAGGAAGUUGCCUCCAGCACUUAAAUUACAGCAAAAGGCAAGAGCAAACUGUUAACAUGCUUAUCGGUUUAAUACUUGCUUAGAGAAAAGAAAAAUAACCACCUACUAGAGAGUUUGACAAGUAAAAAUAAAAGGAAUAGGGACCAUUCUAAUUUGACAGGACGUACAUACUAAAAGAGUUAUUCUGUGUUGAAAUGAACCAUCAUUAGCAACUGAAACAAAGAAUACAAUGCUUACAAAUCUCCUUUGCACCUUGUUUUCUAAAAAAUAGAAUAUGAAUCUUGUUAAAGUGGAAUUUUGCAUGAAACUAAGGAAAAAAUUUACAAGCUUGUGGGUACAUGUGGCAAACCAAAUGAUACAGAAAUUUAGCAACCAAAGUUAAGUCAUGAAAACAAACUGCAAGUGCGAAAGUUAGAGGCAUACCUGUGAUACAACUAUUUUAAAACCCUUGGAUAUCAUUCUUUCUCGAUAAA